GCUCCAAUCCCUGAGGUAUUUCCACUCCGCCUGGUCCCGGCCGGGUCGCGGGGGCCACUACAUCUCCGUCGGCUUCGUGGACGACACACAGUUCCUACGGUUCAACAGCGACACCGCGCGUCCGAGGGUGGAGCCGCGGGCGCCGUGGGCGGAACUGGAGGAGCCACAGUUUUGGGAAGCUCAGACCGCGAUCGCCAAGGUCCAUGCACCGACUUCCCGAUCGAACCUGCAGAUGGCCCGUGGCUACUACAACCAGAGCGAGUCCGGAUCUCACACCUGCCAGUGGACUUCCGGACGCGCUGUGGAGCAGGAUGCGGGCGUCCUCCGCGGUUAUGAGCUGUUCGCCUCCGACGGCGCCGAUUACACCAACCUGAACGUGGACCCGCGCUCCUGGACGGCCGCGGACGAAGUGGCUCAGAUAACCCGGCGCAAGUGGGAAACCACGAGAUUAGCCAGGCGCUACCAGGCAUACCUGGAGAGGGAGCAUGGAGAGUGGCUCCGCAGGUAUCUAGAGAACGGGAGGGAGAUGCUGCAACGCGCAG